AUGAGCACACGCCGUGCUUCUAGCGAUGAGACUCUCUCAGUGCAAUCUGAGAAGAGUCAGCCUUCUCCAGAGGAACCUACCGUCGUUGCUCCCGAAACCACCGCGCCUCUCGACCGGACCCCCUCACAAGCUGCCAGGAUGGGCAAGAAGAAGAUCAUUGCGGUGAUGACUGCGCUAUGUACUAUCAUUUCGACCGCCCUUCCUACAAUCGCCAAGCAAUUUGGGGCCUCGGAAAGUGGUUUCUCAUGGAUUGCAUCGUCAUACCUGCUGGCAAAUGCCGCCUGUAUUCCCUUGUGGGGCAAGAUCAGUGACAUCUGGGGAAGAAAGUACAUUAUCUUAAUGGCCAAUGUUGCCUUUCUGGUGGGCAGUUUGGUCUGUGCCCUGGCAAAGAACAUGGCUAUGAUCCUGGCUGGUCGAGCCAUUCAAGGUGUGGGUGGUGGUGGCAUCAUCAUUCUGGCCAACAUCAGUGUCUCAGAUCUAUUCAGCAUGAGGGAUCGCCCGAUGUACUAUGGCCUUUUUGGUGCAACCUGGGCUAUUGCAGGUGCCUUGGGUCCUAUUGUGGGUGGUGCUUUCACUACCCGAGUGUCCUGGCGCUGGUGUUUCUAUCUGAACCUUCCUAUUGGAGGUUUCUCCCUGAUCAUCCUGAUCCUCUUCCUUCACAUCGAGUCUCCCAAGACCCCGUUGCUGGCUGGCCUUCGCAACAUUGAUUGGGUCGGCACAUUCCUGAUCAUCGGUGGAACCUUGAUGUUCCUCUUUGGUCUGGAGUUUGGAGGUGUCAACUAUCCCUGGGCCUCUGCGACGGUGAUCUGUUUGAUCGUCUUUGGUGUCUUGACCUGGGGCCUUGCAAUGAUGUACGAGUGGAAAGUCGCCAAAUUCCCAAUUAUUCCCGCGCGGCUGUUCAAUGAAUGGUACAACAUUCUCAUUCUGAUGGUCUGCUUCUGCCACGGCUUCGUCUUCAUCGCCGGUACCUACUACCUCCCCCUCUACUUCCAGACUGUCCUGCAAGCGUCCCCAAUUCUCAGCGGUGUCUAUGUCUUACCUUUGGUUUUGUCACUGUCAAUCACGUCUGUCUUCACUGGUAUCACCAUGAAAAAGACAGGUCGCUUCCGCGAGCUGAUUAUCGCCGGAAUGUUCUUCAUCCUCCUUGGAUUCGGUCUAUUCAUUGACCUCAAGUCUUAUGCUUCCUGGCCUCGCAUAAUCAUCUACCAGAUCAUUGCUGGUGUCGGCGUUGGCCCCAACUUCCAAGCCCCCCUUGUCGCAUUCCAAGCCAACAUCCGUCCGGCGGAUAUGGCCACUGCAACCGCUACAUUUGGUUUCAUCCGCCAACUCUCUACGUCGAUGUCAGUGGUUCUGGGAACCGUCAUUUAUCAAAACGUCAUGGCCCAACAGUCCGACGCACUUAUUGCAGCUGUUGGCCGUCAAAACGCUGAAGCCAUCUCCGCCUCCUUCUCCGGGCCCUCCAAAGAGCUCCUCUCAAAAUUAUCCUCCUCCCAGCGCGAAGUCGUUUUCGGAGCCUUCACCCACUCCCUGAACCGCAUGUGGAUCUUCUACACUGCCGUCGCAGGCGUCGGCUUCAUCCUCUCCCUGUUCAUUCGCCGCCGCGAGCUGAGCACCCAACACACCGUCCAAAAGACUGGUCUCGCCGAGCAAGAGCGCGCCCGCCAGGAGUUGAUCGACUCUGAGCGUAAGGCUGCCUCGAAGCCUGAGACGGAGGUCUAA